GUGCUCGCCAUCAUCACUAAAAUGACACUCACGCAGGUAUCAACUUGGUUCGCCAACGCGCGUCGACGCCUCAAGAAGGAGAACAAGAUGACGUGGGAGCCUCGCAACAAAACAGACGACGACGACGCAAAACUUUCUGAUGAUGAAGACGAUGAGAAGGAGGUCGUUGAUAAGGAUGAUGAUGAUAUCAAGAAGGACGAUAAAGACGGGGAUUCACAAACUGCGCUUUCCCCAGCACCUCCCCAUCACCCUUUCGCAUCCUCCAAAGGGGAAAAGAUUUGGUCGUUGGCGGACACGGCGGCCUGCAAGACGCCUCCUCCUCCGCCUCCUGCAGAUACGAGCGCCGGCAGCGCCGCCGCCGCGGGGGUGUGGCUGGCGGGGGGCACCACGUUCCCUUUGCCCCCCACCAUCCCCCCCACCAACUCCUCCAGCCAGGCACAGUACCCACGCUUUUCCCACCUCAUGCCAGGGGCCUUGCCCUCCCAGUACAUGGCCAACAGUUACAAUGAAGGCGUCGGAACAGACACGCCACCACAGACGCCACCAAACGCGAAGGGCGCGAACGGUCAAAACGGCGGCGUGCAAACAGGUCUUAUGGGCGGCGCAGGGGCGUUUAUGGGCGCGGGUUCGGUGGCCAACUCUGGGUACGGCCUCGGCGUGCCGCUAUCGUCGUGUUCCCGCAGCUCUGCCGGUAUACCCAUGCCCUCGAGUGACGUGAAUAUGAACCCUGCAGGGCAGAGAUAUUCAAGUAUCGGUAAUGGCGUCGCAGCGAACACUGCACUCAGUAAUAACAACCCAGCCAGUAUGGUGCCCACCGCUUUUACUCCUGUGUACAAAUCGUCAGGUCCACAGCAGCAGGUCGUGCAGGGCCAGCAGUCAAGUCAACAAGUCAAUUCAAGUCAACCACCGCAUCCUCAGCCCCAACAGAAUCAACAAGUUUCCUCACAAACCAACGCGCUCAACAGUCCUCCUUCCGUCGGCGCACUCAUUCCGUCCGCUUAUGUAUCUUGAAAUUACGCAUCGCACACGUUCUGCGACGACGAGACGCUGGCAGUUGACGGCUGUCGUCGUAUAGACGAGGCACAGUAUCAGCAAGAAGGACAGGAAGACGAUGACGAUGAAGAAGAUGACGAGGAAGAUUAUGAUUCCGAGUCAAUUUGCUGAUUUUUUCGAAACAAAUCUUGAGUAUAAAUAAUGCCAUUAAAGCCUCACAAGGUGAGGCGGAGGCAGAUGAAGAUGCAAGACAGACGCAACAUGAUUAUCGUGAGCUAUCAUGAAUUCAUGAUAAUGAAGAAAAAACUUCUGAAAAUGAACUAAUGCACGUUGGUCUAAUGCUGGACGUAAUCUCACCGCGAACUAUUCAUAAGUAUAAGGGGCGAGAAAAUAUAUUUUGAACUGUCAAUUCGGAACCAAUUAAAAAAAUAAUGGAUUUCUAAUUUAUAAAUUCUGUCCCGUGCACAAUUUCUCCGAAUUUCCAUGCAGAUGAUAAACUCGUACUAGGAACACAGGAUAUUUCCUAGGAAGAUAUCCUGCCUAUAGCUUCACCACGAGACUACGACCAAUGAUCCUGGUAAUUCGAAUAUCACGCAGAAAAAUGAAUGGUUCACGUUUUCCAAAUAUAUAUAGUGACGCAUUUUCUUAACCGUGGUUCAGACAAUUCGAAGUUGAAAAUUCUCCUUUUCCAAGGUUACAGGAAAAUUAAAUAUGGAUAUGAGUGAAAUUUAAUGGAAGUGAACAAUCAAGCGGUAGAAGUGAACUUGAUAAUUGAUAGGUCAAGCAAUUGAUUCUCACAAAUGUCGGGUAAAGUAUGCUGUAUUCAGAGCUGAUAUUACAGUGACUGACUCACAGAUUCUAUAAUGACAACACGAAUAGAAGAUUAAAUUUUAAUAAAUGGCCAUGCAGUCGAGACACGGUGCUAUCCAGCGUUGGUCUGCAGUCUGUUCAAUUUUCUGUUCAAUUCUAAAUUCAAAUUAGUUUGAACCACAAGUGAGUUUUCGAGGAAAUAUUGCACGUGAAGUCAUUCAGCACCAAACGUCGCCGGCCUGUAUACUGAAUUAUUAAGGCGAGAAUACAACAGUUAAAAUCAACUUAUCAACACGAUUGAUUGGCACUCUUUGGUGAUAUGCAAUCUCACAAUUGACUGAAACGCUGGAAUGGCACUGAAAGCAGCAAUCUGGUCCAGAAGAUCAAUGCAAGUUGGUGGACUUGAGAAAGAAACCCAGGAAACUCGUUCUUUUGCGAGUCAAAUGAGCGAUGUUCAAGAGUUUUCCUUUUCCGAAGUCGACAUGAAGUUUAUUUUAAUAUACCCACAUAUAUUGAAUAAAGGCUUAUUGAGACAAUCACCCAAUAUGUCAUACAGUUUCUCGUGUGCAAUGACCUAUUGUUGAAAUUACUCAACUAAAAUGAAUGAAUGAACAUCCUAUGAAAAACAAAUGAAUCCUGCUUGAAGAAUAUUUUAGUGCCCGCUCAAAACGUUGUAAGAAAUGUAUUUAUUAAUAACGGGAUUUAAAGUUGAACUUUCACUGCUCAAUAACCGCAAUUUUGAGCCUUGCAGCUUCGGUCCCUCCCGUCAACUGUACGAGGAACUAACUAUAUUCAUGCAAAUUCAAUUUAAUCGCUAUAUCUGCGUUGCGAUAUCAGGAUCUGUAAAUAAAACUGUAAUAAAUAGCUCUCGCCUUCCCAUUAUUUACGUCGGUCAAGCGAGAAAUGCGUCGCCGAACAGUCGCACGGCAUGAAGCAGCAAAGCAGAAUUUCUUGAGCCAAAUAAAGAGAAAUUUCUUGAUCUGCAAAUUUUUUAUAUGUAGAACAGAAUUCCUAUCCUUAUUUUCACGGGAUCUUCCCCUUCCCAUAUUUUCAAUAACCUAUGUGAAUAUUGCGUCUGUUGCUAGGUUUCUUAAUUAAUUAGUGAGCGCAUCCUUGAAGGAUUGGUAGACGUGUAAGAUGUUGUACAUAGAAUCUUUAUUGAUAGUUGCUGCCUAAUUCCUAAGUUUAAUAUUUGUUACUUUCUUGAAAAAGUGAGGAGGACAUUGAUGAUAAAAAAUAUUAUGAUAGGUUAUGAUUCCACCAACGUUUUAGUUUGUUGGUCGCAUAAAUUUAAUGUCAUUAAAUUGGUUAUACUGUUGAAAUGCCUUUGAAUUUGUGAGAUAAAAAUUCACUAAGGCUUAAAUAUAUUCCGUUAAUGCGUUUCAGUAAUUCGUAUAUUGCAGCUCGCACCGACGAUUAUUUCAUGUGUUGAAAAACACAUGAAAUAACGGAAAGUUAAAUAGUGCAAACUAAAUAUUUCAUUGCUGUCUCCUUUCCAGCAAAUGUAUUAGAGUCAUGGUCAUGAUUUGAAUUUAUAAACCAGAAAUGCUUUGAUCGAUUUAAAAAUAAUACGAACGGAUUAAGUUAAUAAACCCGUCAUUGAACGUACUUCAUUAGACUUGUUAGCGCCAUGCUAAAAGCAUAACAAUUUGAAGCAUCUAUUGCGCAGGAAAUUUUGCAGGAAAUUUUAGUUAUUCUGUUAACUGGCACAUCACGUGUGUUCUGAGGAACAGUUUUGUGAUGGUGUCAGUAGGCGAAGUUGAAAAUCUGCAAUUUCUACUCUAAUAAUUUUUUGGGUAAUUAUUUGCGACUCUGCCUCAAUAUAUCGUUCUUAAUUUCGAUGUGCCGACAAGUAGGCUUCGACUGUCCCGCCUGAGAUUAAACGAGGGACAAUAAUAAUUAAGUCGUCCUAUAUUUGUGUGCCAAAUAAAGCAAGUAUAAAAAAAUACGACGAUGGUCAUUGAUAUUUUUUUAUAUUAUUCAGGCGCACGCUUCUCAACAAUCUAGUGUCGGAACUACCAUGCUAAGUUACAUGUUAUUUCAUUCUUCGCGUCAGUUCUCAAUUUCAUUUGAUGACUUCAGACAAAUAAAGAAGACAAAUUAUUUUUCAGUUACAUUUUUUCGAUUUUGGACAUUUUCAGACAAAAUUUCAUCGCCAAAAUUGGGAAGCAUUAUUUUCAAUACCAGUAGUUCAGGAACAAACAAUAAUUCUCAAUGGAGACCAUGUGGCCUGAUUUCUAUAUUUUAUUGUAGGGCAACUUAUUGUGCAAUGAAUAAUACGUUAUAUGGAUGUUGUACAGAGAUGAGAAAUGUUAAUUAACUGUAUAAUUUGUAAGGCUCGUUUGUGAAGAACCUCCUGUUCCGACUAACAUUAAUGCGUUAAGUGAUUAAUGGUGACGAGAGUGACGAUCCUAUGGCGCAUAUAAGGCGCCGGCGGAGCUUCACAUUACUUGUAAAUUUCUAUUAUGAUGAAAAUAUAUAUGAAUUCUUAA